AUGUGCGAGCCACCUCGCCCGAAAAUCGAAGAAGCACGCGGCCUGCAAGCACUUGAUGAAGCAAAUGGGCCACCGGAUGGGCGCCAGAAAAGACGCUCUCGUCGAGGCGAGCACGGGCCACAGUGUAUUUUAUGUGUUGUGGCAGCAGCGAAGGGCGCCACUCCCAGCGAAGCGGGUCGACAGCAUCUGGGGCGAAGAAAUUGGACGAGUGUAGGGGCGAAAUCAAGUUGGGGGCCACCGAGGGGUUGGAAGGCAAGGCGUUUGGAGACAUGGGAUUCGGCGAUAUGGGAUUUGGCGACAUGGGAUUCGGCGACAAAGACACGAAAUUGGGCGAGAUCAUACUGGCCAGUUCUGCCAGACCAAGCAGGUCGAGCGCAGAAAGCAUGCGCGCAUAGGCAAAAGACACCGGGUGGAUUUGCGGCGGGAGAGGCAGCGGCACCGACACAAGCGCGCCGCCCGACACAAGGGCGCUGUUGA